AGUCGCGACCCCGUUCAGCGAGUCAGUCUUGCGGCGGCCACUGGUGUGAGGUGACACGCGAUGCCGCUCUUGAGGGCCACGCCGCCACCAAGGUCUUGCCCGCCAUUCCUUCAAAUCCUGCUACUCCUUCUGUUACUUCUGCUGGGCAAAUCAGACGGAGCAUUACCCGAGGAUCUCAUAUGGCAGAUUCAGCCAAAACGGGUGGCCUUGGGGGACAGCGUGGCGGUGAGUUACCAGAUGUACCAGCCCACCCCGCCCUUCUCCCUCGUGGUCAAGGUGGACGGGGUGCGCCUCGACACUUUGGAAUUUGACGAGACCCCUGUGUUCGGCAUGACGGUGCACAAGAUGAACAGGACAGGCAGACACGAAGUGAGUCUCACCCUGAAAUGGGGAGAAGGCACACGCACAGUUCUGAAGGAUGAGGUGUGGGUGUACAUUCCGCUCACGGUCCAGCACACCAGCCUCUCUCUGCCCAACACCACUCUCACUCCCCCUGGGGAUGUUGUUUUGGUGCUGAGCCUCACCUCGGAUGGGGAGCUGCCGACACUCAUCACCGGGACCAUCAAUUGGGGUCAGGGUCAGGGCAGCAAGGUGGUGGACUUCUCCAAGCAGACUCCCCCAGGGUCGUCUGGAAAUGUGACAGGGACAUUCCAGCACAGCUAUCUGGAGGCCGGCAUGUUUCAGGUGGAGGUGGUGAUUGGCAAUGCAAUAUCCAGCAUCAUCUCCACAGAACAGGUGAAAGUCAUGGAAAAGCUUGUACUGACGGACAUCAUCAUUCAGUACCUGAGAGAGUAUGACAGGCCACCACAGAACACCUCUUCUUCCUCCUCCUCCUCGUACAAAACUGACGCUCCAAUCAACUUCACGGCCGUGGUCCUGAUGGGCAAGACUGACACCUUCCAGUGGAUUGUGAAUGAAGACCCUGUGCCUGAUGGCGGACCGUCCGUGGUGCUUCCUUUUGCCAGGGCUGGCGAGUACAACAUUACAGUGACAAUCUCGGGAGAAGCCGGGACAUCUCUGCCAGUGUCUCGCUCCAUCCAGGUGGCCAGACCCCUGACCCUUGACGCUGUUGACCUCACACUGCCAGGUCUGAUAGUGUGGCCUCCAGGACAUCUGGAGGUGGUGGUGUAUCUCAGUGGACCAGAGGAGCUGCCCACACUGGUGCAGGGGGAUGUGGACUGGGGGGACGACCUGCCAGCCACCCAGCUUGACCUGCACAGCCUCACACUGCCUCAGGCUGCCGGGGUUGUGGUGCACAACGUUUCCCAUCACUAUAACUGGCAUGGCACCUUCCAUCUGGCCUUCAACUUCUACAACUCAGUGUCUCGCAUCAACCUUACACGUGAGGUGAGGGUAGUGGAGAGACUCACGCUGGACUACAUCCUGGUGGAGUACCUGUGGCAAGAUGACGCCCCGCCCUGGCCCUCCACCAUGUUCAAGGCUGGGGUGCCACUCAACCUGACAGCUGUGGUCAAGACGGGCAAGGCCGCCUCCUUCAAUUUGUUUGUGGGAGACAAGGAGCUGACUGACAACCUUCCCUCCAUCUUCCACACCUUCCAUUCUGCUGGAGAAUACUUGGCCAACAUGACAGCUUCAGGUGAGGCCGGUGUGUCCCCCGUUCUGACAGCCUCCGUGGUGGUGAUUCAGCCCCUCAGUCCUCACCACCUCCACCUCACACUGCCAGACUUUGUAGUGGUGCCUCCUGGCAACCUAACAGUCCAGAUGGUGCUGUCAUCCAAGGAGGCAGAAGAAUUACCCUCCUACGUGACCUACACUGUGCUGUGGGGCGAUGGCUCCAACACCUCCCUCGACGACCUCAUGCAAGACACACAGAUUGGUGCAUCCGGGCCAGUGACCAGGAGCCUCACUCACAUCUAUGAGGACUCAGGAGACUUCCCCCUCACUUGGAAAGCCCAUAACCCUGUGUCUGAGGCCCACGUCACUAAGACAGUGCGAGUCAUUGACCACCUCACUGUUGGCAACAUCCUUAUUGAUUACCUGGAGGAAAGUGACCGUCCACUGUGGGACUCCCCCACCUUCAGGAGCGGUGUGCCCCUAAACAUUACUGCUGUGGUGCUCUCUGGAGAUGUCACCAGCUAUGCAUUCUACAUUGAGGGUCAGACAAUCACCAGCACUGCUCACUACAUCAGUCACACCUUUUUUGAGGCUGGAGAAAUGAUGAUAAACAUGACCACACAAGGGGAGGCAGGAGUGUCGCCACCAGCCUCCACCACUGUCACUCUGGAGCACCCUGUCCAGCCACACCACCUUGAGCUGACACUGAACAACCUGCCAGUCUUGCCUCCAGGUGAUGCUGAUGUGACCCUGACAGUGGCAAAUGUGGAGCACCUCCCCACCAACCUGCUUGGCGUGUUCAGCUGGGGGGACGGACAGGAGACGCCCCUCGAUCUGACCAACAACACGACCCCUGAGUCCACGGGCCCAGUGGUGGUGAGCCUCAUGCACAACUACACCAGCGCAGGGGAGUACACUGGCUACCUUUCCAUGCUGAACUCUGUGUCUCGGGCCAAUCUCUCCAUCACGCUGCGUGUGUUGGACCACUUGACUCUGGAGGACCUGGUGGUGCAGUAUGAAGGUGGCGGGGAGGGUGAAGGGGGAGUGUUCAGGGCUGGCACUCCCCUCACCCUGACCACAGGCAUGACAACAGGCCAGGCUGACCAGUUCACCCUCACACUGAAUGGUGAGAUCUUCUCCAGCAACACACCAAGCUUCACCUACACUUUCCCAAGAGCAGGGGUGUUCUUGGCAAGUAUGGAGGCUGCAGGGACAGCAGGCAUCUCAAGACCUAUCACAGCCUGGAUCAAGGUGCUUCAGCCCCUGCGGGAAGAGAGUGCCACACUGGAGGUGCCUGAAAAGGUUCUCUCUCCUCCAGGAGACGCCAACAUCACCGUCGCCCUGAGUGAUGCCGAGGAGCUGCCCACCAAUGUGUCUGGCUGGGUGACUUGGGGGGAUGGGGACCAGGCAGAGGAGGUGGGCUUCCUGGACAUCACUCCCCCCGGUGCCCAGGGCUCUGUGUCUCACGUCCUCACUCACGUCUACGAGGAGCCAGGGGAUUACUUUGUGACUUGGUACAUUGAGAAUAAAGUAUCCAAGCUCAAUCUAACCAAACUGGUUCCAGUGGUGCAGCAGCUGUGGCUUCAGGGAGUGCAGAUCAGUGUGGUAGGGGAUGACCACGACACAGAGAGGCCCGAGGGAUUCUUCUUUGUGGGUGAAACCAUCAGGCUGGCCCCGGAGAAGGUGUACGGUGAGGCAGACUCCUUUACUCUCUCCCUCAUAGGCCAGCCAGACUUGGUGCAAGACUCACCCUCAUUCAUCAUCAGCUUUAAGAGGGAAAGUGACUACAAGUAUGGACUGAUGGGGAAAGGUCUUGGCGGCACAUCCAACACACUGAGUGGCUGGGUGAGGGUGCGGAACAAGCAAACACCUCCAAACCUCAAGCUCUCCAGCCCAGCAACCAGAGUCGGGGAACAGUUUCCUCUUACAAUCCACACCUCAUCUUUCCUGGGGACCUGUCUCUCCCUGGACCUUGGGGACGGGACACUGCUGGGGUGGAGAGCCAGUGCACAGUGUGAGGGGCAUGAGCAGGCUAAGGUGGAAUGGCAGGCAGCUCCUUUGUCAAACACUGUCAAGUUAAAACACAUGUACACAGAGCCAGGGACGUACAAUCUCGUGGCCCGACUAUUCUCUGCCAUGGGUGAGGUGGUGACGAGGGCCACGGUGGAGGUGUUUGGUGCCCUCCCAUGUAGCCUGUUCAAUGUGUGGGUGCAGAAGAAUGGAUCAGUGGAGGCUCCUGUUCAGAUGACGCGUGCUGACAAGCUGUGGGUGAGGAGCUUUGCCGAAGUCAACUGCAGCGUUUUGGAGCUGAACAUGAAAAUUAAGUGGAAAGUAGAGCGUGUAAAUGACAGCACAGAAGAAGAGCUGCCUGGCAUCGACUUCUCCAAGAGUGUGCUGUAUCUGCCUGGACGCACCCUACCUUAUGGCCUGUACCGUGCCAUCGUGGCCUACAACGUCUCCAUGACCAAUGCGAAGGGGCUGGCAGUGUGGGCUGUGCUGUAUGGGGAGUCAGUGGUGGAGGUUGGGAAGAGCCAGCUGAUGGUGGUGAUUGUGAAGGGAGGCGCCCCAAGAAUACGGAGGGGCACUCUCAACACCCUCAUCCUCAACCCUGGCCAGAUCUCCUAUGACCCAGACUAUCCUGAGAGGCCAUUGAUCAGCUACACCUGGUCCUGUCACCUGGAGGGGGAGGAGCUGCCAGACGAGGAGGUGAUUUCAGACCCUCCAGAGAGCAGGGAGGCUUACGAAGGGAAGACAGACCAGGGGGGCUGCUGGGGGGAGGGUCCUGGCUGGCUGACCAAUGCAGCACCUGACCUCACCCUACCUGUGGACCUCUUCAGGAGUCCCUACAAAACCUACAGCCUGCAAGUUGUUGCCAACAGCAGCGACGGCCGGCAGAACAGAGCCAAGGUGGAGGUGGAGGUGGUAGAAGGAGACCCACCCACCCUUGUGUCUGGCUGCAGCCCGGCUUGGUUCUGCCGACAGAUCCAGGGAGCCCAGCUGGUGAACCCUGCCAAGCUGAUCCUCCACAGCACUUGUGAGGUCAUGCCUGGGGAGGAGAAGGUGGGGGAGGACGGCUGCGGCCACACUCCACUCCUCUACUCCUGGCGGGUGUCUGGUGUGCCGCCUUCAGGAGAGGAGCCGGUGCCCUUGGAUAUCUCUGGGGUGUCUGCUGGGGAGAAUAUGCAGAAACUUGCCCUCCUGGAUGACUUCUGGAAGAAAUUUGGGACAAGAUUCAGAAUGUUUGAUGUGCAGGUGACAGCCCAGCGCUCUGGGGAGACAGCACAGGGCCUGGCACUUCAGCGCAUCCAGAUCAAUGAGGCACCACAUGGAGGGGAGUGCUAUGCCAGGAUUGGUGAGGAGGAGAACCAAGAGGGGGGGCUGGUGAAGAGGAGCCAGGAAGUCCCCACGCUGGUUGUCACUGCAUUGGUUGAAACUGUCCUCUGUAACUGUACUGGCUGGAAGGACCCUGAGGGAUUUGAAGUGUCUAAAUAUGCCUUCUUUGUGAUGGAUGACCUGGGCACCAAGAUGAUCCUCGCCUUUGGGUCGCAGAGUGUGGGACGCGUGGUGCUGCCCUUUGCCAACCUCACGCUGUGGGCCGGCGUAAGUGACCAGAUGGGCGCUGAGACACUCUUCCACAUGGCCAACAUUGUGCCGCUCCUCCCCACCAGGGACGCCUUUAAUGAGUACAAGGCAAAGAAUGAGCUGACCAAAGCCCUCAGCGUGGUGGACCAGACAAGGGUGGACAUGUUGCUGCGGGCCGAGAACUCCCUCAUGGGCAUCUCCCUCCCGCUGCAUGACUAUGAGGAUGCAUCAUCUAAGGGAGAGCAGGACAUUGGGGAGGAAGAGGAGGGGGAGGAUGUGGCAGCCGAGAAGAACACGAUGAUGUUGGGAUCUGUGGACAAGUUUUCAACAACUUCCAUGGAUGAAGUUAUUCAGGUGAACAACAUCCUGGGUUCAAUUUCUUACCCACUGCCUGAUGAAAGACAAGGGCCAGCUGUUGACGUUCUUGUAGCUCUCUCAGGCCUGGCAGACAAAGAGGCACCUCUGUCCCAGCAGCAGGACUUUGUGGCAGGCACUCUGGCCACCACUGUCAGUUUGAUGAAAGGAGUUAAUAAGAUGGCACAAAAGUCCAAUGCAACAAAAACCAAGCCUCCAGAGCCACAGGGUACAAGCACACUGAGGAGGGUGAAGAGAAUGGCUGUCAAUGACUCCUUCUAUGAUGAGGAGGCAGAAGAGGAGGUUGAGUUAUACCAGCCCUCACCUGAAGACCUGGAGGCUAAUGAAAAGGUAACAAAGAUGCUGGGUGUGGUUGGGGCAUCGCAGGGGGCUCUCAUACAGGCAGCAGUGGUGGGUGAGGAGCCAGCAAGAAUUGAUGCUGGGGAGAAUGUGAACAUGGCUGUAGGUUUCUUUGAUGCGAAUGAGCUCAAAGGGCGGUCUGUGGAGGUUGGGGGAGCUGUGUAUGUGUUCCCAAGUUACUGUGCUGUGCUGGGUGAGCCUGAUGACUGCCUCACCAACAGGACCGUCACCAUUGGAGUGCAGAUGACCAAGUGGAAGGGAGCGGUGCACGGCUACGGUGGGGGGCGGGAGCAGCUGAGCAACGACUCGGCCACCGUGCAGCUCUCCCUGGUGGACGCCAAUUCCCAGCCGAUCCCUGUUAAUAACUCCCUGGAGGACUUCAUCAUGUACAUCCCUCGCUCUGAGGAGACAUCUGUUGAGCCGACGCUUGUAGAGCCGCAGGUGUCCUCCAGAAUGGCCCUGAGUCUUCACAACCUGCACGUGCCUGCCCCCCGAGUGGCUGUGACGGUGCUGGUGCGACCUGAGAAUGAGACAGAGGGCGAGGACUGGGUGCUGGCCUGGUCCUCCUCCACUAUGAAUGACUCCUUUGAGUAUGCCGACAACCUGGUCUAUCUGAACAACCUCACCUACCACUCAGACACCGGCUUCUAUGAGUUAUUCCUUGACUCAGAUGUUGUUGGGGACACGACAGGCACUUACACUUUCGGCAUUGGACGCUACAACCGCACACUCGCAGUACCCCAAGAACACCCCUGCUUCGAGGACCCACCCCCAGACACCUACCUCUUCAGCUACCACACAAACUUCUCCUCUCCAUAUUACUUCAGCACCUUCGUCUCGUCCUGCCUCUUCUUUGACAACGAGAGGCUGACUUGGAGCAGCGAUGGAUGCACAGUCAUGGCUGCCAACUCCUCCAUCACAGUCUGUGCUUGCAACCACCUCACCUCCUUUGGGUCGGGUUUCUUCGUCACCCCAAACACCAUCGACUUCUCCUACGUGUUUGCCAAUGCUGGAUUUGUAGACAACCUGACUAUUUACCUCACCCUCAUCAUCACCCUUGGACUCUACUUCAUUGGGCUAGUGUAUGCCAGAAUAAUGGACAAGAAGGAUCUGGAGAAGAUUGGAGCAACACCUCUCAGUGACAACAACCCCAAUGACCACUACCUUUACAUCCUCAUUGUCCACACAGGCCAAGUACCAAACUCUGGCACCAAAUCAAAGGUUCAGUUCCUGAUGGUGGGUGACUGGGAUGAGACAGACGUGAGGACACUCAAUGAUGAGAAGCGUCCAUUGCUGAGGCGAGGUGGGACAGACCACUUCGUCAUGGCAACAGAGAAACCCCUCGGCCCACUGCAGUACCUACGCAUCUGGCACGACAACAGCGGCAAGGGGAAGGAAGCCUCAUGGUUCUUUUCCUACAUGGUGGUGCGCGAUGUCCAAAAUGGUGAGGAGUUCCAGUUUAUCAACAACGAGUGGCUGGCAGUGGAGGAAGGUGACGGCCAGGUGGACCGCCUGGUGGCCGUGGCGGGAGAGCAGCAGCUGAAGGACUAUUCCCACGUGUUUGGCAAGACGGUACAGAAGAAUUUUGCCGACGACCACCUUUGGUUCAGCAUCUUCCUGCGGUCACCUCGGUCUCGCUUCACGCGGGUCCAGCGGCUGUCUGCGUGCAUGGCCCUGCUCUACCUCUCCAUGCUGGCCAACGCUAUGUUCUAUGAGAAGAUGCCCGAAGAGCCAGGCAGCGGUGGUCUCCGUCUGGGCCCCGUCAGCGUGUCCCCUCAAGCUCUCGGUAUUGGCUUCAUCAGUAAUCUAGUCGUGUUUCCUCCCUCCUUCUGCAUCGUAUUCUUCUUCAGAAAGUCCCGACCGAGAAGACCCAAGGAAUCCAGACUGAAGGAAGCACUGCGGAAACAAAGCGCGUCGUAUGCAGGGCAAUUCCAGAGCAAUGAUAGGAGACGCACCAAGCCUAAAGCACCCACGGCUCCUACAGUGGCGCCCUUCAGACACCCCAGGAGCGGCGCGGGGAGGAGCGGGUGGGAUGCGGUGAGCGGCGGAUCGAGAAUGGGACAGAUGAAGCGGCGCAAGAAGCUGUCGCUGCCGUGGUGGUGUGUGCUGGUGGCCUGGACCCUGUGCGUCAUCAGCAUCGCCGUGGCGGUCUUCUUCCUCUGGGCUUACGGCGUGCAGUUCGGCAAUGACAAGGCGACCAAGUGGCUGACAGCGCUCCUCUCCUCGAUCUUCUCCUCCAUCCUCUUCACUCAGCCCAUCAAGAUUUACUUGAUGGCCAUGGUGCUCUCCUGGAUACUCAAGAAGCCGCUGGAUGAGUUUGAGGACUACGAUGAUGAUGAGGAGGAGUUUGACCUUGAAGGGGACGGGGAGCUGCUCUACGGGCCGCCCAGUGCUCAAGCGGGGAGCAGAAGGCGUUCACAGAUCCAGGUCGGCGCGGGAUUAUCACACGAGGAACUGACAAAGGCGAAGCAGAAGCGAAUGAACGAGCUCGCGAUGCAGGACUUGUUGGUGGAGGUGCUGGUGUACCUCAUGUUCCUACUCAUCAUCAUCUCUAUCAGCCACGGCGAUAGAGACCCAAACAUCUUCUACAUGAGGGAGAAUAUCAAGAAUACUUUUGCUCUCGCCUCUCAGUCCCAGUGCCCCGCGUUUGUUCAGGCGCAGCAGGAGUCCCAUUUCUGGUGCUGGAUUCAGGAGACCAUGGUGCCCUCCUUGCUGGACACCACACUGUACAAUGGCGUGCACCGACCCCAGGACAUGUGUGGUACUAUGAUAGACCGCAUCACUUUCGUCCUUGGCUACCCCAUCAUCAGGCAGAUCAGAAGAAAGCCAGGCAACACUGAGACACAUCCGGCCACGCACCGAGACUCAGAGGAGAAGCGUGACUUCGGCAUGUACUGGAACGAGUCGGGCGCCGUGGAGUCAGUGUUCCAGUACAGGUCGGCGCUGGAGAUCCACGGCUUCCCCUACGACGGCACCCUGGACACGUACGGUGGCGGGGGUUACCUGGUGGAGAUGAAAGGGCCUCAAGCUAAGGUGCUGCGAACCCUUGCCUCGCUCCACGACAGCCAGUGGGUGGACGACGGCACCAAGGCGCUCUUCGUGGAGUUCGCAGUCUACAACCCGCAGGUGAAUCUGUUCGCGGUCACCAUGUUCGUCUUUGAGUUCCUUCCUGGCGGGGGUCUUCUCACCAAGUUUGAGUUCCAGGCUCUCAAGCUCCUCCGCUACCACGAGCAGGGCGGGGCGUUUGUCCUGGCCGUGGAGAUCGUCUACAUCCUCUUCUCCUUGUUUUACACGAGGCGCGAGUUCAAAACCAUGAAGAAACAGGGAUGGAAGUACUUCAAGUCAGUGUGGAAUCUGAUGGAGGUGUGGGUUCUCGCUUUGUCCUAUACAGCCAUUGUCUUCUACCUCCUCAAAACCUCCCUCACGUAUUACCUCCUGGAUAAAUUCAUCGAGACAAAGGGGAAGAAAUACAUAAAGAUCCAACCUCUCGCUUUCCUAGACAGUAUUUUGGUGUACGUCAUUGCAUUCCAAGUGUUCAUCGCGACACUCAAGCUGCUAAGACUACUAAGAUUCAACAGGAGGAUCGGAAUGCUGUCAGCCACACUGCGCUACGCUUCAGGGGAUAUUAUUGGUUUCGGCCUCAUAUUCUUCGUCACACUCAUCAGCUUCGUCACCGUUUUCUACCUGAGCGCCAUGACCUCCGUGAAGGACUUUUCCAGCUUCAUCAAGGCCGCGGAGUCGAGCUUCUUCCUAAUCAACCAAAAAUUCGAUGAGAUCACCCACGCGUCGCCAGUGCUCGGCCCCGCCUUCUACUUCGUCUUCGCUUUCAUCAUGUACUGGAUCGUGUUUCAGCUCCUCAUCGCCAUUGUCUGCCACGCCUUCGCCAAAGUGAGCCAGGACAUCACCAAGCAGCCCAACGAUUAUGAAAUAGUGGAAUAUAUCAUGAACAAAAUUUCCGCUUACAUCACCGCCCUUAGACCCAACUCAGUGCAGGAGGUCAGUAUCCCUCCCCCCAAGCCCCCGGACAUCGAGUCACAGCUGCGGUACCUGAGCGCCUCCCUGGACAAGGCGAUGGGCGUCCUGGAGUGUGAGGUUCUUAAGCCAGAAAAGAAAACGGUGACCACGAAGAGGCGACAUGUAAAUAAAAGAUGAUUUGUGUGGUUUUCUCUGGUUUCGUUCAGCGGUGCGAUGAUUGGUGGAAAAUGUAAUGGUAGUGUUCGUUCUUGUUGUUUAUGUGUUUAUUUGUUUGUUUGUUUAUUGUUUUUUUU